GAUCUGCUGCGGCUGGUUCUUGUGUCGGUCUCUCUCUCUCUCUCUCUCUCUCUCUCUCACACACACAGUGCCUCAGUCUCUCAUUGCAUGUCGUUUCUUUUAGAUUCCCAAACUUUCCGUUUCAACAACCAUAGAUUCUCUCAUUUCAAACACAAGAAUAGCUCCUUUUUAUUUAUAUUCUGUUUUUCCUUCUCUCUCUUUGCAUUUCUGAUUUUGCUAUGGUGUGAGGUCUGUGAUCUCUUUGUUGUCUGAUUCUUUCGGGGUUUUAAGGAUUACCCACUUCCUCUUUUAGCUAAACAAGCAAUACCCACUUUGGGUAUUGGUUUCUUCUAUCUGGGUUUUGUUUGGUUUGGUUCAAAUCAUUAAAGAAAAUGGUGGAUCUGAGUGAUAAAGGAUCGGAGUCUGAGACCCACAAGAAGACCUGUGCUGAUUGUGGUACCACAAAGACCCCUCUUUGGCGUGGCGGCCCAGCUGGUCCAAAGUCACUGUGUAAUGCUUGCGGGAUCAGAAGCAGGAAGAAGAGAAGAGCUAGUUUGGGUUUGAACAAAGAGGACAAGAAGAGCAAGAGAGCUAGUAUUAAUGGCAGCAAUAACAACAACCAUAAUAAUAAGAUAAGCAAUAGUUUGAAGCAGAGGCUAUUGGCUUUGGGAAGAGAGGUUUUGAUGCAGAGAUCAACGGUAGAGAGGCAACGAAAGAAAUUAGGUGAAGAGGAAGAAGCGGCUGUGCUAUUGAUGGCUCUAUCUUAUGGCUCUGUUUAUGCUUAGGUCUUCUUCAAAGAAAUUCUUAGAAAAAGUGUUAGAAUUUUAGGGAUGUGGAUCCUAACCUUGGAAGUGUAAUCCUGCUUCUAUAAUUAUUGUUAUAUUUAUUUUUUUUAGGAGAAUUUAUAUUUUGCCUUUUUUAAUUUUUAUAGUUAUUUUUAGUAUUAACUAACUGUUUUUGGGACCUGGAAGAGUAUUUUAUGAAGUGUAAGAAAUGAAUAUUGAUCCUAUUUUUGAUAA